AGUCAUGAUUGGAACGUUUUGCUUGUAGGUACCGCGGCAAUAAUAAACAAAACCCAGGAAAGCAUGGCAAUGGCAAGUGUCAAACGUGGUAAUAAAAAGCCAAAAAAGCGAGCAAAGAAAGUGAACCUAGUUUUUGACGAAGUCAAAAGAAGGGACUUCCUUACGGGCUUCCGCAAGCGAAAGCUACAAAGGAAGAAACAUGCUCAAGAAAAACUGGAAAACGAUCUCAAGGAAGAGCGGAAACGUUUGAAAUCUGAUGCCAAGGAAUCGUACAAGAAACUGGUGGUGUCUCACAGAGACAUUCCAGAGCUGGAAAAGUACCUAAGCAAUGAAUAUGAAGAAGAUGAUGUUACUGUAAAAGUAGUGGAGCUCUCAACAAAUGAAAUAGCCAAGCAAAGCAAUUGGAUUGGUGCGAAUCGGCCUAAGUACGAGUCGGACCAAGAAGAAGAGGUUAAGCCCGAGGAUCCAGAGGAGAUACCCGGCAUGGAGCUGAAAGCUAAAACUCCUAAAGCAACCAAAGUGACGAAACCUAGUACCAAACAGUUCCAUUCGGAGAAGCAAGUGAAAAAGGAACUGAAGAAACAGGCUACAAAAAACGUACAAAAAAGCAAGGUGUUCCAGAAGAAGAACAAAAUGGAGCAAAGAAAACAGAAAAAACAAUCCCUAAGGGCCAAUAAGCUUAAGGAAGGAGCCAAGCAAAAGUUCGGUAAGAAGGGCAAUAAAAAUGGUCGAUUUACCAAAAGGAAUAAGGACACCGAUUAAAUAGUAUUAGUAUAUUUUAUGAAAUUAAUAGAACAAGCUAAAUCGACGUUUUUUGCAAAGCUAAUUAUUUUGCCUUGCUAGAAGGACAAAUCUUAUUUAGGCACGAUGAACAUUGAGGAUUAAUUGGCAGGCAAAUUUGUUGACCAAAUCCUACUAACAAAUGAUUCACUUCGUUCCAUGGGUCAAAUGACAGCCAACUUUCUAAAGCUUUUUCAGUUUGUUCUGGAGUUUUGGUUUUCACCCAUCCCAUCAUGUUUGCAAUGCGAUGAACAUGUGUAUCCACACCUAAAGUUAAUGUUAAUUCACAUAAUUUUAAUUGAACCAGCAUUCACAUACCAAUUCCUGUAACUUCGCCCCAAGCUAUCUUCAUGCAAAUAUGUGCCAUUUUUGGGCCAACUCCUGGUAACUUCAGCAUAUCUUCAAUGGUGUUCGGUAUAUCACACUUAUAUUGAUUUUUCAAUAUUUCAGAUGUUUUCUUAAUAUAUUUUACUUUGUUCUGGAAACUUCUCAUUGAUAUAUUGAACAUAUAACUCAGCAUUGGAAAUCACUUACCCUCCAAAACCCCACUGGAAUGAUUAAUUUGCCUAUAUAAAAGCCAUAUUAAAAAAUAUAUUAAAAUUGUUUGAAUCUUUUGGGUUAUUACAGGUGAUAAGUCAGGACAAUCAUGUUCGGGAAAAGAUUAGAAUUUAUUGCUUAGAUUAGUAUGGUUGUUUCUCCCUUCACAUUUGGCAAGCCACUGAAAAAUCUUUACUUCGUCCAAUAUCGAGUGAAAGAUUAAAAAAACUGUUUAUAAUAUUUGGCAUUUUUCUUUGCAUUCUGAGGAUAUAACUUGGUCUGCAUUUAUUCAAUAUACCAGGUGUUUAUAUUUUAUGUAGUUGAUUUAAUUCGUGUAUAUAGGUGUUUGUUUAAUUAGUGUAUGAUAUAUAGAGCUAAUAUUGUGUGUGUCUGAUCUAAAAUUAAUUUCAUUCUGAUUCUUCUCUUAUUAUAAUUGUCUUCAUUGAUUAAUAUUUUUGUGUUAUCAAAAUCAAAACUAUGUAACAUUUAUUGCGCAUGUUGUGCUAAUGCUGUUUUCGUUAGCCUUUCUUAAGCUAUGUUCGUAUAUUUUUAUAUAGCUAUGUUUAUAUAUUAUAUUUUUUUCUUUAAAUAUUGUCUUGUUUGACCUAUGUAUGCGCUGUCACAGUUCAAACAGUCAAUCUUGUAUAUUACAUUAGGUGUGUUUAACUUAUCACUUUUAAGCUUAAAUUUUGUGAAACAUUCUUUUUUUGCUAAGUUGUUUUUAGUUUUUUCUGCUAUAGUGAUAUUAUGCGGUUUUAAAAUGUUUCUUAUUUUUGUGUUAAUUUCUGGAAUAUACGGUAAUGGUAUAUACUUGA